CUUAUUGUUUCAGAUUAAAUCUCCAUUCAUUCAAAUUAUAAACCAAAAUGGCCAACACUCUCUUCCAUUUCAUCACUCUCCUUUCCAUCACCUCCAUCAUCAUUAUCUCCGCCACCGCCCCUCAAUUCGAAGGCUUCGAGUACGAGGAGCCAGAUUCCGGCGACCUCCCAAUCUCCGAUCUCCCCCGCCGUCCUCCUCCCUCCACCACCCUCUCCACCGACCAUCCCCCGACGGACCCCCAAUCUGAUCACACUCCAAACCCUAACCCUGAACCUAAUCCCGAAACGACGUCGUUUGAAUACUGGGAUGAAGAUGAAUUCGAAGGCUUUCCCACCAAUCCUGAAUCGAUCACCGAACCGGAAAUUAUUAAAUCGGUCGAUUCUAACAUUUCUGAACCGGAUAAUUUUGGUAAUGAAACGGUCAACGCUUUUGAACAUAUACCAUUGACUAAAAAAGUUAGGAUAUAUAUAAUAGAGAUUAUAUGUAUAACAUUUUUUAUCUUAUUUGUGAUUAAUUUUUUUGUUGGUAAAAAGCAAAAUGAGACACUAGCAUUAUCAUGGGCGAGUAAAUUCGCGACACGUAACACGAUUUUCGAUAAGAAUUUUAGUUUGUUAGGCGUAGGAGACGACGAAAACGAUGAUUCGCCUUUGUUGUUAAAAGAAGGGCAAAAUGUGUUUAAGUUUUAUGUGAGUGGGCGUAGGUUUUGCCAAGGGUUAGUGGCAACAAUGGACCUAAAAAACCGACACGAUUUGAUUACUAGGAUUUGGAAUGUGGUUUUUCCGUGUAGUGACGAGAUUAGGUUUGAGGUUUAUAUGAAUGAUGAUGCAAUGGAUCAUGUUGUUUUUGCUUUGGGGAAAAAGAAGGUUGUGAAGGGUAUGCAGAAGGAGGAGAGGGAUUUGCAGAGGUUUGGGAGUUUGAUUAGUUCCGGGCCGAGUGGGAGAAAGUGGGUUGCGGAUGAGUUGAUGGUUGUGUCAGAAUCGAAAGAGGUGGCUGCUGAUUUAAUCAAUGAGUCUGUGAUUGAUCAGGUGUUUGGUGAAAAAGCAUAUGAGAAGUUUGGAAAAUGGCUCAUAUCAAUGCAUUUCUCAGAUCAGCAGCAGAGCUCACACAGGAAGAUGCUGGUAUUCAAGUUUGCUCUUCCUGAUGCUAACCAUAUGGCUGAUAUGACACGGCUUGUAGCGCUAGUCCCCUAUUACAUUGACCUAAUUGGCCGUUACAAACUCAGUUCACAGGCCCGAUCCAAAACUGAAGCAGCACGAACAAAGGCUGCACAGGAGGUGUACAAGGAACUUCAGAAUGCAAGACAAGAAGCAUUGCAAAGAAAGAAAACAGAGAGGAGGAAGAUGAUGGAGGAGGCUGAGUCAAAACUUAAUGCUGAGGCCGUUCGUAGGAAAGAAGCAAAGGAGCGGGCCCGGCAAUUAAAGAAAGCCAUGCCCAAAAUCAAGAUGUCCCGUGGUGGCUAAUCCUUUAUGCUCUGUAUCUGUUAAGGUUGUUAGUAUAACAAAGAGUUAGACUCUAGUUUUCUAUUUUAUUCUUUAAAUAGAAACCGCACCCUAUUGACCAUCAUACAACAUAUAAAGAUGUUAUACAAAGAUCAGCAUCAUGCUGUGUGGGGAUUUUCUGUAGUUCUGGUUUUUUAUGGUCUCAGUUUUGUACUGUAUGCGGCGUCACAUGUUUAGGCUUUUCUGUAUGUAAGGAAAUUGGUUCAUGUGUAGUUGUAGAUCUCUUAUGCUCUACUUGAGUGCGAAGUAAGAAAUUGUAUUGGUUUUGGGACCUAUUUGAAGUGCUAAUAUGCAAGUUAUUUGGAACAGCUAA